GUACUUGUUCUAUCUCGUUAUGGUAAAAUGUAUUUACACGGGGUUUUUCUGUUAGCGGAUGCUCGACGAAGUUUAGCUCUGUUCUUUCUACUUCUUAGUACUUCCCUAUAUGAUGUUAUUAUUCUGAUAUAAGAAUUGGAGUCAUUCUUUUUCAUUGUUUAUCAUUAACAGAUACAGAGUGGAAAUAGCAGCAUUGAAGUGUUAAUGUCAAAGCGUCGUGUUCAGUAGGAUAAUGUACUCUAAUAUUUCUCAAAUUUUUCUUUAGCAGCAGUUAGAAAAACAUUUGGAUUUUGUCAAAUUAGGAAAUAUCGAACAUAUAAUUGCUUGAUGGUAGUUAGAAUGAAAAGUUAGUUUAAAUGAUUAGGGUUCUUAAAUGGAAAACCAAAGAAUAUGAGAAAAAAUCUUUUCUCUGCUGUCAGUUACACCUUAGAUUGUUGUUUGACGUUGUCAGGGUCAAGUAUCUACAGAGCAGAGGACAACGGAGGAGAAGACAGGGAACGGGAUCGUUCUCCUUUAAGAUCGGAUGACCGCAGAGAACCUGUCAAUUUCAACCAAGCCGAUGCUAAGAAGCACAAACUUGCCUUUGGCUUUAGCAAAAAACCAGCUGCUACAGAUUCUAAAAAAGGCAUUCAAAUCAAAUUAGGAGCUGCAUCGAAACCAACUGCCAAGCCAGCAACUAUUCAACGACCAACCGUGGCCUCAGUGUUUAAUGCAGAUGAGGAAGAAGAACCUGAAGAAAUGCCGGCUGAAGCACGAAUGAGAAUGAGAAAUAUUGGAAGGGAAACACCAACUUCUGCAGGUCCUAAUUCAUUUGGCAAGACAAAACAAGGAUUUUGCGACUCUAAAAAGAUAUUUGAAAAAACCUUAAAGAAAGCUAUGGAAGAGGCCAAUAAAUGAUUUUCUUAUUUUGCUUCAUUGAAAGCAAUUGUUAAAUUGUACAUUAUUAUACAAUGAUGGACAGGUCAAAGCAACAGUACUUGGCAAUUCAAUUGUUGUUAUGAUGUGGUUGAAAUAAUCAUCAACCAAUAUGGGCAGUUCAUUGAAUUAUGUACAUGCAUUGUACCUACAUAAUUCAGUACACAUUAACUUGCAGUUUAUAUAAAUUUCAUCAGGGCUUUCUAAGGACAAAUUCAAAUAUCUAAUCUAUCGCUAUCUUACACUUUAUAAAAAAAUGUUUAUGUAAUGAAGAAAAUGUUACUUUUUUAAACUUAAGAUAUAGAGUAAAAUAGUGUAAUUAAAAUAGAAUUCAAACUAAAGUGAAAAUCUCAUUAAGAAUCAUAUUUACACAAAUGGAUCACAGUAUCGCCUACACAACGAUCUUUACAUAUGAACUGUAGCAUAAAUUAGACUUAAAGUUCUAUACAAUAUAGAAGUAUUGCAUAGUUCACUUUUUAUAACACUUAGAGGAUAAAGAUAUUUUAACACAAAUCUACAGCUUUAAACCGAUUUGACCUAAGUCAGAGCACAGAAUUGGAUUUAUCUUCUUGCCUAUUGUGGAACAGUAAGAAUCAUGCAAUUUUGUUUUCUUAUACCGCACAUGACGAAUUUUUAUCUUAUUCAUGAACAAUAAUAUAACAAUGUAUGUACACGGAAAUAAGAAAACAGGCAAAAAUAAGUAUUUAACAGAGCUUGAAACAAAGAAUAUUUGUGUAAAAAUUACUGAAUAAACAUUAAAAA